UCCGCCGCCUGUGACGCGCGGGGAGUCUUGCGCGCGCGCUGUGCUGCUCCCGAGUUCGCGCCGCCUGCAGCCGCAGGAGCCCUCGGCCGCCCGCCCGCCCGCCCGCCCGCCAGCUGCACGCCGGCAGCAGCAGCAGCAGCAGCAGCAGCGAUGCUCGCCUUGCGCUCGGCCCGUCGCCUGGGGCUGCUGCUCUCGCCGCCUCCCCCGAGCCGGGCCGGGGAGCUGCUGCCCUUGCCGCCGCGCCUCUCCGCCCUCGGCCGCCGCGCCUGCAGCGGCGGGGAGCGGGAGCGGGACGACGACGACAACCCGGUGGUGUACCUGGACGUGGGCGCCGACAACCAGCCGCUGGGCCGGGUGGUGCUGCAGUUGAAUGCUGAUGUGGUACCAAAAACAGCCGAGAACUUCAGAGUACUUUGCACUGGUGAAAAGGGUUUUGGAUACAAAGGAUCUACCUUCCAUAGAGUGAUUCCUUCUUUCAUGUGCCAGGGCGGCGACUUUACUAAUCACAAUGGCACUGGAGGCAAGUCUAUAUAUGGCAGUCGAUUUCCGGAUGAGAACUUCGAUCUCAAGCAUGUUGGCCCAGGUAUUCUCUCAAUGGCUAACGCGGGACCCAACACCAACGGGUCUCAGUUUUUCAUUUGUACAGCCAAAACUGACUGGCUAGAUGGAAAGCAUGUUGUCUUUGGCCAUGUGAAGGAAGGAAUGGAUGUUGUGAAAAAAAUCGAGAGCUUUGGCUCCAAGAGCGGAAAGCCAUCAAAGAAGAUAGUCAUAACUGACUGCGGCCAGCUGUCAUAACAGAAGAUGUGCCUUCCUUUCUGGAGAAUCACUAUGAUGUGAAAUGGGAUCCAUGCUCAUACAUUUGUCUCCUGGAUUUUGUACUGAUGAGAAAAUAAAACUUUGCUGAGCCAUGAUCAGAAACAGUUGAACUAUAUGGGGGAUUCCACUUUUAGAAAUCUGAUCACACGUACAAUUUUCUGCUUUCAAUUUAACUUAGUUGUACUAUUUUUAUGUGUAGAAAACUGAAGGUUAUGAUACAAUGCUUGAUAAUGGAAAAUGCAGGAAUAAAGGCUGCUACUGAACACUUGCUAGAAGAUCUCAAGUACCUCAGUAUUCUGCACUGUGAAUCUUUUAUAGAUGUGCAAAUUCUGAACUGCAAGAAUCCCAAGUGUCUUCCAGUCUAACUAGCUUGAAAGUACUUGAACUUUUAUUUCUAAUGAAUGUGCCUGCUGUUUACUAUCAAAGCUACAGCAGCUGUGGAUUGAUACUUCAGACAUGAGUAGUUAAGUGGGUUGACUAUGUUGUUAACUUCUAAAAGUCUUGAUGUUGAGUCCAGAUGCUCAGUCAGGGUGGCUGAAUUGGUAACACUUCUCCCCUCUGGUGCAUUUUUGUCUGUCCUUGGUGGCUGGCUCAAUGCUUAACUGAGAAGCCUUGGAAUUACAUUCUCUAGGAUAUAUUUACCAACUGAAAAGACAGGGCUUUUUUUCAGCUGGGAUGUGGUGGAAUGGGGAUCUGGCACCUCUUGAAAAUGGUCA